AUGACUGAAAAUGAGGAUCUGUUGACCAAGAUUGGUCGACUUGCAGGUCAAAUCAAUCGACACAAGAACCAAUCAACCCAGCAUCCUCAGUCCGCUCACCAGUCACACCAUGUCUCUCGCCACGCACCUUCCCACUCAGGUUGGGCACCGUACUCUCGAGGCAGAGGUCGACCGGCAGGUCCGCAUCGACACCGUACACUGGUUUUGAAUAACGGAGCUUCUCGAUCCACGCCAAGUUCUGCCUCUUCUCCUGGCCCUGCGAGCGACAACGAUGGCGAGUCGCGCCCCGCGCCCACCUCGAACGGGUGGGUCGCCCGAAAUGACCGCCAUAUGCAGCUCAUCAACUCCGCUGUCUACGACAAAGAAAAAGAGGCCAGAAUUAAGGCCAUGGAGGAGACUCGCAAGUUUAAAGAACAACGACGCGCCGACCGCGAACAAUCCAAGGUUCUUCGGUAUGCUCAGGGCCCUGCAGGUGCAUCUGUGUCUACUUCUUCGCAACAGAUUAUUGUCAAUGAUGUUCCAUUUAAGGUUGUACGCGGAGGCAGCAAGUUGGUUCGCGUAUCAAAUGAUCCGAAUACCGCCAAUACUACACCAAAGCGUGUUACCGUUGCUGGCGUGACUUUUGUCCGGAGCAAAAAUGGCAACCUGCACCGUCUUGGUGCUGUUGCCUCAAAAAGACAACCAGGUACCGCCAAGAAGCGGGACGAACUCUGCAAAAGAUUCAACACGACCGGUGCAUGCUACAAAGGACCAUCCUGUCUUUUUACUCACGACCCAAGCAAAGUUGCCAUCUGCAAAGACUUCCUCCAGACAGGCAAGUGCAGCGCAGGUAUUAGCUGUGAUCUUUCCCAUGAGCCAUCGCCCCACCGUUCCCCCACCUGUGUACACUUCAUGAAGGGACGGUGCUCCAAUGAUAACUGUCGUUAUGCUCAUAUCCGCACAACACCUGGUGCCCCCGUCUGCCGGGAUUUUGCGACUUUAGGUUACUGUGAGAAAGGUGCCCAAUGCGAAGAACGUCAUGUGCACGAGUGCCCUGACUACGCCAAUACUGGAGUUUGCCAGAAGAAGCGCUGCCAGUUGCCCCAUGUUGACCGUGCCGGUCAGAUCCGCAAGGCUGCCGCGGCUGCGGCCAGUAAAGCCGAGGGUGGAGAGGACGAGUCCGAUCAAUCUAGUGAAGAGGAGGAAUACGAUGCGAUUGAUUCGGAUGAUGUCGACUCGGACGAGUUUGAUGACAUGCCUGAAGAACUGAUCGCAGGUGAGGAUACUAGUGAGAUGCAUCAGCAGCAAGACUUUAUCCGCUUCUAA